AUGGGGGAGUUGCCGAGCCUCUGCGUGCUGGUUGCACUGCUGGGCACAGGGAGCGCCAUCUCCUGCUAUAACUGCACCAGCUCGGAGGGCUACAACUGCACCACGGACCAGGCCACCUGCCCGGGCACCGUCAACAGCUGCAUCACCAUCGCCUGCGUCGAGGAGCACGGGGACGAGGACAAGGAGAAGACCAUGUAUGAGAAGAAAUGCAACUCAGACGACCGGCUUUGCAACCAGUUCUACGGGCUGACGGCUGGCGCCUACCGUCUGCGCUGGAACUCAACUUGCUGCCGGGCGGACCGCUGCAACCUGCCCGAGAUCACCGUGCAGCCCAGCUCUGCGGUGCCCAACGGGCUGCAGUGCCGCUCGUGCUUUGCCCGGGGUUCGGAUGUCUGCGUGCCCAGUGAGGUGCUGAACUGCACAGGCCUGCAGACUCAGUGCAUCCAAUUCGCAGCCACCGCUGGCGCAGGGUUCGAGGGUCUCCGCGUGGCCUUCAUGGGCUGUGCCACCCGCAGCCUGUGUGACGUGGGCGCCAUGGCCCUGUUCGCCCCCCAGCGCCAGGCCGUGCUCAAGACCAACCUGUGCAGCGCGGGGGGCCUGCCCUGGGGGAGGCUGCCCCUCCUUGGCCUCGGGGGGCUGCUCCUCUGGGCGCUGCGCCCCUGAGUGUAUCGUCCCCUCAGUGCAGUGCCCCUCCUUUGGUGGGGAGCUCCCCCCCGAUUGACCUCCCCCCCGCAUAGGUCUGGGAAGUAGCCCAUUCCCUGGCUGUGGCUCCCGGUUAUCCUCCCCCCAGCCUGGCACUGCCCCCCAUCACACCCCCAAAGCUGGGUGCU